CUUCUUCCACUCUUUAUAACAGCCGCUGCACCACUGACACUCAAACACAUUCAGACAGCAAACAUGAGGACGGUGUGCGCUCUGUUGGGGCUGCUGGCUGCAGUCCACUGCAUGCCGGUGUCACAGGAAACCACGCAGGAGCAAAGGUUUGCAGAGAGCUACCUGAAGAACUUUUUCAACCUGACGGAGGAAAGCGGGCCUGCAGUUCGACGGGGUUUCAGCCAGGUGACCAAGAAGCUCAUAGAAAUGCAGACGUUCUUCGGACUUCAAAUCACAGGGACUCUAGAUCAGGAGACUCUGGCUGUGAUGAAAAAACCCCGAUGUGGAGUUUCUGACUCUAAAGUUGCUCGCUUUUCCACCUUUGACGGUCUGAAGUGGGAGAAAAACAGCCUUACCUACAGGAUCAUAAACUACACACCUGACAUGUCUAAGGAGGAGGUGGACGAGUCCAUAGAGAAGGCUCUGCAGGUCUGGGCCAGAGUUACUCCUCUGAGGUUCACCAGGAUCUACAGCGACACGGCGGACAUCAUGGUUUCCUUUGGUCGGAGGGAUCAUGGUGACUAUUACCCCUUUGAUGGUCCUGACGGCACCCUUGCCCACGCCUUUGCCCCCUCCCCUGGGAUUGGAGGAGAUGCUCACUUUGACGAUGACGAGACGUUCACCUUCCGCUCAAACACAGGUUACGUGCUUUUCAUGGUGGCAGCUCACGAGUUCGGCCACUCUCUGGGUCUGUCUCACUCGGAUGACCCCGGUGCUCUCAUGUACCCCAUUUACUCGUUCAAGAACCCCGAGACCUUUGUCCUGCCGAGAGACGACGUCAGAGGCAUCCAGUCCCUGUAUGGUCCAAACACAGACGCCGUUCUGCCUGGACCCACCGCCCCCCCCACUCCUGACGCCUGUGAUUCCACCAUGGUCCUGGAUGCUGUAGCUACUCUGAGAGGAGAUAUGUUUUUCUUCAAGGACAGCUUCUUCUGGCGGGUUUUUCCUCAGAGUUACCAGCCACAGCAAACGCUCAUCACUAACUUCUGGCCUGAUGGUCCUGUCAGCGUGGAUGCUGCUUAUGAAAACCCACAUUCUGACAGAGUCUUCCUCUUCAAAGGUCGGCAAGUGUGGGCUUUCAGAGGCUAUGACCUGGUGCAAGGCUAUCCUCGGUCCAUCUCUAGUUAUGGCCUUCCUAAGGACAUCAAGAAGGUGGAUGCAGUUCUGUAUGAUGAGCAUUCUGGAAAGACACUCUUCUUUGUGGAGAGAAACUAUUACAGUUAUGAUGAGACCAAAAAGACAAUGGAUGCAGGGUUCCCCAGAGCUGUGGACGAGAAGUUUAGUGGAAUGACCGGCAGGGUGACAGCAGCUUUACAAUUCAGAGGGUUUGCAUACCUCUAUAGCGGGCCGUACAUGUCUGAGUACAGCCUCAGGACUGGCCGGCAGCUCCGCCUGCUGAGGAACAGCUACUUCCUGCCCUGCACCAACUACUAGACCCACCUGUCCGAACAUCGAGGACAAAAGGUGUAUCAGUGUUUUGUUAUUGUCUUGGGCACAAAUAGGAAAUAUGUUUUACAUAAAGGAAGUUCAGGACCAUAAGAGUUUAGCACCUUAAUGUAUUUUCAGUGUCUAAUUUAAGAUAAGUCUUGUUUUAUUUAUUUCACAUAUUUUAAUAAACUGUUUUUGUCAAAGUAUUUUCUUGAAUUCAAUGAUGUCAUCCAACCACUGUGAUUUUAAACCAAUCAGUGAAUGGCAGUGAAGGCCUCCCAGUGUUUUGUUGUAAUGUCAAAUAUUGUACCUGAAUACGUUUGUUUGAAGCAAACUCAAAUAAAAAUCCUUCUUUGUACACAGA